UCUCUCUGUCUGUCUCUCUCUCUCCCUCUCUCUCUCUCUGUCUCUCUCUGUCUCUCUCUCUGUCUCCCUCUCUCUCUCUGUCUGUCUGCCUCCCUCUCUCUGUCUGCCUCUUCUCUCUCUCUCUCUCUCUCUCUCUCUCUCUCUCUCUCUCUCUCUCUCUGUCUGUCUGUCUCUCUCCCUCUCGUUUUUCUAAAGUUAAAUAUACAAGCCUGUGAGCUUUCACGGACGGUGAGUGAAUGCGCAGUCAGGGAGGUUCGCAGUUGCUUGCGUCGAGAGCGAGCGGGAACAGAACUAAACGGAGCAACGCUGUUUGUGUCACAUAACCGGGGCUCUUCCACUUCUGUUCGAUCCAAGUGUUUCUUAACUUCGUUUUCGACUGUUUCAAGAUGACAGAAGAAAAUAAUGUUGGGCAUAUAAAGCUGGUGACAGACCAGCUUCCGUGGGAUUUGAUGUCGCCUCUAGAUUGGUUCUGCUGAAGAUGGAAACACUGGAGUCCGAGCUCACCUGCCCAAUCUGCCUGGAGUUGUUUGAAGAUCCCCUGCUCUUACCCUGCGCCCACAGCCUGUGUUUCAACUGUGCCCACCGCAUCCUAGUCUCCCACUGCUCGUCCAACAAACCUCUGGAGUCCAUCUCCGCCUUCCAGUGCCCCACCUGCCGUUACGUCAUCACGCUGAACCACCGCGGCCUGGAGGGCCUGAAGCGCAAUGUGACCCUGCAGAACAUCAUCCACCGUUUCCAGAAGGCCUCCGUCAGCGGCCCUAACUCCCCCAGUGAGAGCCGUCGUGCCCCAGGUCUCUCCGGAGGCCACAGGCCCUAUAGCAGCAGCGGAGGAGGAAGCUCCGGCAGCCACAGCGCCCGCUCCAGCCCGGCCCAGCCCUCCUCUCAUCAGCACACUGCCACCAUGUCUCUGGAGCACCGUAUCAGCUGCCAGUUCUGUGAGCAGGACCCGCCGCGCGAGGCAGUCAAGACGUGCGUGACCUGCGAGGUGUCGUACUGUGACAGGUGUCUACGUGCCACGCACCCCAAUAAGAAGCCGUUUACCAGUCACCGGUUGGUGGAGCCGGUACAUGACGCCCACAUGAGAGGCCUCACCUGUCUGGAGCAUGAGAAUGAGAAGGUUAAUAUGUACUGCAUCGUGGAUGACCAGCUGAUAUGUGCCCUGUGUAAGCUGGUGGGACGACACAGAGAACAUCAGGUCUCCUCUCUCAGCGAACGCUUCGACAAACUCAAGGCUUUUCAAGUGAGUCCUGGCAGAGUAUCUGACGCGGUAAUGGAGGCAUCAAAGACAGGCGCCGUGCAAACCCUGGAGAACAACCUCACCAACCUGGUGAAGAGAAACAGUGAGCUGGAGAACCAGAUGGCUAAACUCAUCCAGAUCUGUCAACAGGUUGAGGUGAACACAGCGAUGCACGAGGCCAAGCUAGUGGAAGAGUGUGAUGAGCUUGUAGAGAUCAUACGCCAGAGGAAACAGAUCAUCGCUGUCAAGAUCAAGGAGUCCAAGGUGAUGAAGCUGCGUAAACUGGCCCAGCAGAUGGCUAAUUGCAGACAGUGCCUGGAACGUUCCAGAGCCCUCAUCACCCAGGCAGAACACAGCCUGAAGGAGAACGACCACGCUCGCUUCCUACAGACCGCCAGGAACGUGGCCGAGAGGGUUGCCAUGGCCACGGCCUCCUCCCAGGUGCUGAUACCAGAUGUGAACCUGAACGAAGCCUUUGAUAACUUUGCUCUGGACUUUUCCAGAGAGAAGAAGAUCCUAGAGGGACUGGACUACCUGACAGCCCCCAGUCCUCCCUCCAUACGUGAUGAGCUGUGCACUGCCUCCCACGACACCAUCACAGUUCACUGGACGUCUGAGGACGAGUUCAGCGUCACAUCCUACGAACUGCAGUACACCAUCUACACCGGACAGACCAACUUCAUCAGUCUGUAUAACAGUGUGGACAGUUGGAUGAUUGUCCCCAACAUCAAGCAGAACCACUACACGGUGCACGGCCUGCAGAGUGGAACACGUUAUGUCUUCUUUGUCAAGGCAAUCAACCAGGCAGGCAGCCGCAACAGCGACCCAGCACGCCUCAAAACCAACAGUCAGCCUUUUAAGCUUGACCCGAAGACGGCCCACAAGAAGCUGCGUCUGUCCAACGACUGCCUGACCAUGGAGAAAGAUGAGAGCUCCCUGAAGAAGAGCCACACUCCAGAACGCUUCAGCAGCACGGGGUCGUACGGAGCAGCGGGAUCCGUCUUCAUGGACAGCGGCUGUCACUACUGGGAGGUGCUGCUGGGCGCCUCCACCUGGUACGCUGUGGGCGUGGCUUACAAGUCAGCCCCUAAGAACGAGUGGAGUGGUAAGAACUCCUCCUCCUGGGUGUUUUCUCGCUGCAACAACAACUUCAUGGUGCGUCACAAUGGCAAGGAGAUGCUGGUGGAGGCCAGCCACCAGCUCAGACGUCUGGGAGUCCUUCUGGACUACGACAACAACUCCCUGUCCUUCUACGACGCCAUGAACUCCCAACACCUGCACACCUUCGAGGUCAGCUUCCUGCUCCCCGUGGCGCCCACCUUCAUGAUCUGGAACAAGUCGGUGAUGAUCCUGUCGGGGCUUCCUGUGCCGGACUUUGUGGACUGCCCUGAGGAACACCAGGAGGGGAUGACGACCCUGUGUCGCCAGCAGGAGUCACCUUACGUGUCGGGUAUGAAGGGCUGUCACUGAGACCGGGACUGGGGCUGCGACUCGGCCUGUUGUCAAAGAGACGGCUGAGAUUGGGGUCGUUGUCACGGAGACCGAUGAGGGCUUGGACUGUACUCACUGGACUGGGCUGGGUUUGACUCACUUACUUCCUGGGUUUGUGGGCCAAUGGGGUAGACUCUUCUCAUCCUCUGCUUCCUCCUUCCUCAUUUUCCCCAGCUCUCCUUUCUCGUCGUGGAUGGUUUCAGUUACAAUGCCUACUACUGAUGUGUUUUGUUGUUUAUGAUAUGUACAAAUCAUCACAGAAGCUUGACUUGCAUUAUGUGACUACUAGUCUUGUAUUAUAAGAAACUUUAUUAAUCAUGAUUGAUUAGAGAAUGUUAAUUAUUCAUGAAUAAUAAGUUGCUUUUUAGAGUUACAUUUAUUUCCCUAGUGUGUAAAAAAAAAAGACAGAAAAAUGAAUUUUGGGCAGCAUUGUUCUUCCUCUAGAAAGCAUAGUGAAUUUAUAGUGAAUUUAUAUUGUAUAGAAAACGGAUAUGAUUAUGAUGUUUAUGUGAUUCUAAACACAGUAAAAAGAAUUGACAAAACUGACAGAGAAAAAAAGUUCACAGAGUUGAAUAUUCAGGGAGGAAACGGUUAAACCAUUUGAUUUACUAUCGGUUUUGAUGUCAUAGCAUGAUAUGUAUUUACUAUGUGAUUGGUUCACACCUCAUGUUUUGUUUGGUUUUGUCGAAAAGCAUGCUGCGUUAUGGGAUCCCACUUUAAACCUCUGGUUCACAGGUUAUUCUAUAUCAACUCUAUCUCCUUAACCCUUUACUGGUUCAUUUCCUGGUUAUCAUGAGGCACUCCGUGACCCCUGACCAAUAGAAUCCCUCACGGUCACCACGGAGCUCCACCCCCUCCCCUCACGCCCAAUCACUGGUCGAGGUUCACCUACUACAGAGAGGUGUGUUAUUAUAGUUUGUUCCUUUGUAUAAAGUCCCAAGACACUGAAGACCUGUUAUUUUCUUAUAGAAAUCAUCUGAUUUUCAGUCAAGAAAAUCACAUAUUAACCAGAUAUGGAGAAGAGAAGACCUAAGACAAAUCUAUGACAUUUUCAUCAAAAAAGUUAAGCGUUAUAUUUACCCUAUAUUUAUUUGGGCUUUUUAUGAGUUGGUGGUGUAGAUUAUAAAUGUGAUUUUCCUCUGAUUGAUAUUCAGGGAUUGAAUAUAUAAUGGGUCUGAUCAAGACAAUCAAUAGCAUAUUGUUAUGCAGGCAGGUGAAACAUAACAAGGAAUGUGUAACAGAAAAAGGGAUGGACGAGCAGAACGAAAUACCGAAAACAAAAUGGAUGCUUUAUUUUUCACAGUGAAUUCAACGUAGUGGUGAAGAUAUUGGGAACAGACAGACUCGUACUGCUGGUAGUACCACCGUCCUGAUGGCUGUGGUUCCAUCUCACUCCAUACAUCCGUGGAUUUACACUGCGUACCCAAAUGGCACCCUAUUCCCAAUAUAGUACACAUCUUUUGAAAGUCAAAAAUAAUGCACAAUGUGGGGAAUUGAGUACCAUUCAAUCCGACCUUAGUUUUCCAUUCCAUUUCCUGUUUCUGUUGUUUGUUUUUAAGUUCCUGUUUUUAAUUGAAAGCACAAACUACCCAAUCUGGCAGAUUGCUACUUGGCCGAGUGAGAGUUGGAGAUAUAUGAAUGGGUCUGUAUCUAACUGCCUGUGAGCCAGGAGUACCGUUAUAGACCUAAGACGACAACGAUUCAGUCACAUGACCAGGGUCUUCUGUUUUAAAGAACUAGCUGAAUACUGGACACAAGAGGUCAGAGGUCUUUUAAGAAACAGUGCUUUGAUUAUAACAGGUGGGAACACUUCACUGUAGGUACGUAUGCAUUCAUAAAGCCUUUAUAUCAGCUACAUAAGACAUAACAUCGGUUGUAUGGCGCUAUUAAAGGCGAUACAAAAAGUCACAAAGCUGGAUAAAGAGCUUGUUGUCCUUUCUUUAGUCGAGCAGCAGAUUUUGUGAAUGUUAACAUUUCUUGAAUUCUCAAAAAGCUGAUCCAGGUGAUGUAAACAAGAGGUGGAAGCUGGCUGUUGAUUUCUGAGCUAAAACUGACAAGCUCAAGUCAUUUGUACAAGAAGUGCAUUUGACUUGGGGGUUACCUACUGCAUGCAUGAUAAUGUGUCUCUGAUCUACUUGGUCCAUACAGUCUGUGUAUCUCAUGAAUGUUUUAUAGAAACAGAUUAAUAACAAAAUGUCUAUUUGAAAUAUACAACUUUAUUGAGACAUCUGUGUUCAUGCAUAUCAUUCAGGUAGUUUUGCUGUGCUUUGUGCUACUACUACCGGUCAAUAAACAUACUAAGAAUAAUUGACUAUCUUUGUAGUUCAGUAAGUAUACAGAACCUUCUAGACAUGAUGGAAUAGAUCAUUAUUUUGCAUUUCUGUUGUGUUUCUGAAGGAAUUAUUUUUUACAACUCUAGAAAAAUCUCUCUUGACUUCUCUCCAUUGACAUGUGGCUCAAACAACAACUGUGUUCAGUACAGCAACAUCAACAUAACGCUUCUGUUUCAAUAGAUAUCUGACUUGUAGAAAGACAACUAUGUAAAUCACCGGGGGGGGGGGGAAAUAUAUAUUAUAUAAAAUUGUAUAAUAUACAAAAAAAAUAUAUGAAGUAAUGUUAUUUAUGUGAACUUAAAAGUCCAAUUAAAAGUCUGAUCCAAAAAAA